GUGAGGUUAGAGAAGCCCCCUGUGUCAAGGACACUUGACGGACCUGUAGCAGGGUGUUCCCCCACCCUGUUUCUCUCCGCAGCCCCAGCCUCGGCCCCAGAUGCCAACGUCUACACCAAGUUCAUGAUGAACCACUGCUGCUACGACGCCAUUCCAACCAGCUCCAAACUGGUCAUCUUCGACACCACUUUGCAGGUCAAAAAAGCUUUCUUUGCUCUGGUGGCGAACGGCGUUCGAGCGGCGCCGCUGUGGGAUAACAAGCUGCAGUGUUUUGUAGGUAUGUUGACCAUCACAGACUUCAUCAACAUUCUCCACCGGUAUUGGCAGUCUCCUCUGGUAGAGAUCUACGAACUGGAGAGACAUGCUCCAGAGGAAUUUCUGAAGUACUCCAACCAUACUCUGAUCAGUAUCAACACUGGCUCCAGCCUUUUUGAUGCCAUCUACUCUCUGCUGAAGUAUAAGAUUCAUCGGCUGCCUGUGAUCGACCCAGAGUCCGGCAACGUCCUGCACAUCCUCACCCACAAACGCAUCCUCAAGUUCCUGCAUAUCUUUGGCACCAUGAUCCGAAGCCUCGGUACCUCCAGAAGAAGAAUUGAAGAGGUGGACAUUGGAACGUUUAAACAGAUUGCUACUGUCCGGGAGACAGACACGGUGUAUGACGCCCUGGCCAUCUUCGUAGAACGGAGAGUCGCUCUGCCAGUGGUCAAUGAGGAGG